GAGCGUUGAAUAAAAUGGCGGCGAAAGGAAAGUCGAAGGUGAACGAAAACAUCCCAGUAGAUGAAUUUAAAGACAUAAACACCAAACGAUUUCAUAUCGGAUCUUUUCAAAACGAGUGGCUUACUAGGUUGGACACGGUUAACUAUUCAUACCAGCAAAAUGACCCAGUUGCUUUUGAUGAAGAGUUCGCAAAGGAGUUUGGAAUCGCUACUGAGACUUUUGAUGAACUAAAAUCCAUCUGCAGACUCACUUCGCUGUCACCCCGAAGAUGAAUCCCCCGAAACUACAGCUGUUCCUCCAGACACCACUCUCCAAACACUUAUGUAGCCUAGCUAAGAUUUUACUAACUCAUUACCAGUUCCACAUAUUUCCCAUCUAAGUGCAUAUUUAUUAGGGAUGUAACAUGGUCUCUUCAUCAUCACCCCCACAAUAUGAUCAUUGUUUGUUGUUUCUGUCUCAAUGUAGCCAGAGGAAAAAGAAAGAGGAUUACAAAAACAGCUUGAACAUCGAUAAGACGAAUCGAAGUCACAUUUAUGAAGAACAACUGGAGUCCAUCGCUCUUUGUAAGAAGCCGGACGACCUCGCAGACCUUGUGCCCGAGGGGGAAAUCAUCCUGAGCAUCCGGGUUUAUCAAACAGCCACCUUCGAAAGAUAUAACGCGGUGCGGCCGCACGCCACCCUGCAGAUGCUGGGCUCUCACUACCUGACAGACCUUAGAGACGCUGUGGGGUGUGUUAGCGACCUGCACGUGUUCGGGGAGCUGAGCAACACCCCGGACAUGGCGCCCGACUUCGUCAGCAAGGAUCAUCACAAAUCAGCCUACUUUUACUUUGAGCAUGUGUUCUACAACGACAUGCGCUUUCCAGAGUGCCAGGACAUCAGCGCAACCACCAUUGAGUGGGCCAAGACUCGUGACUUCCCCUCAUUCAGCCAAGCAAAGAUGGAGGACACUAAGUUCAGUGACCUGAAGGUGAAGGUGGGCUAUCCCUACCUGUACUGUCACCAGGGAGACUGCGAGCACCUAGUCCUCAUCACCGACAUCAGGUGUGCUCACAUGGAUGACUGCCUGGACAGGAAGAUGUACCCCCUUCAGACUCACAAGAACCUGGUCCACACCAACAAGUGUGCUGUCUGCAACAUUUACAUUGCCAGGUGGCUCACCACCAGCGACCAGCUGGCCCUGUCAGACCCAUGUCUGUUCUGUGACAAGUGCUUUAGGAUGCUGCACUAUGACAAGAAGGGACGCAAGCUUGCCGACUUCAACGCCUACGUCUACGUAGACCCUGCCGUCUUCAGCUGAGCCUGACACGUCUACGUAGACCCUGCCGUCAUCAGCUGAGCCUGACAAGUCUACGUAGACCCUGCAGUCUUCAGCUGAGCCUGACACGUCUACCCUGCAGUCUUCAGCUGAGCCUGCCACGUCUACGUAGACCCUGCAGUCUUCAGUUGAGCCUGACACGUCUACCCUGCAGACUUCAGCUGAGCCUGCCACGUCUACGUAGACCCUGCAGUCUUCAGCUGAGCCUGACACGUCUACGUAGACCCUGCAGUCUUCAGCUGAGCCUGACACGUCUACGUAGACCCUGCCGUCUUCAGCUGAGCCUGACACGUCUACGUAGACCCUGCAGUCUUCAGUUGAGCCUAACACAUCUGCCCUGCAGUCUUCAGCUGAGCCUGACUGGAGAGCUCCCUCCUCCCUCCGAGCAGUUCUAGUUUCUUAAAAACUAUUAUUUUGUUUUUGUAUAUUGAAGCUGAUAUUUGUUCCAGUUGGAAUGUUGAUUAAAAAAUAAUAAUUUCUGCCAUUUUGUGCCAUGCAUGAAACUGUUCACUUAUUUUAUUCCCAUAAUAAACUAUUGUCUUGCAUGUUGGGUUUAAGAUGAGACUAGGGAGUGUCUUUAGAGUGUCGUAGGAAAAAGUUGGCAACAUGGUAAAGUCCCCCAAACUCUGCAGGAGUAGAUGAGGACAAAUAGGAUGUUAUAAGAUUCAUGACAUAGGCCAACAGUGUCAUAUUUUGGGGUAAAGAUUUGUUGGAUAUAAAGUGUAAAAAAGGUUCACAUCGUUCCCUGGAACCUUCUUGUUUAAUAUGGCGUGUUGAGCUGAAUUAAACUGACUUGCAUCAAGA